UCAUAUUUCAAGAUGCUUCGAUAUCUCGUUCGCUUGCUGUUAAGACUUUGGUUGGCACCUACAAGAGAGCAAAGACACCAGGAUAUGAAGAAAAAGGCUGUAGCUUUGAAAUCAUCGAAUGUCAAGCAGGUAUAUCAACGUCAUAUUUGACAAUCAAUACAAUUAGGAUAAAUUUGAUAUUAAUAUAUUUUUUCUCUGUAUAGGCCAAAGAAGACCCAUUGAAGGACGCGAAAGGACGUUGGAACCAUACUCGAAAUGCUAUGCGUCGACAAGAGUGGAAGUUGAAGAAGAUGGGCGAUCAAUUAACCGAUGAACAACGUUGUGCUUAUGAAAAUCGAAUCACAUACUUACGAGGUGUUAUGGAUGCGCUGAAGGCUGAUCGUAUCAAAUUGGAACAAGAAAAAAUAAAAAAGGACACCACCGAUGAAGAUCAGAAAAAGCAAGAUGAUGACAACUUGGAAUUGAAUGAUGAUUUAGAUGUCCUUGCCGUACAUGAUGAUCUUGAUACUACUGGAUAUGAAUUGGACGACUUGCAGCUACCAUCAAUCAAUAAUGACGUCUCUGCUCGCAGAAUUGGAUCUUUGGGAGGCAUCCUUGUACAUAUGCUCUUAUCAGAAAAAGCAAGCACUCUUGAUGCAACACUGUUGAAAGACCAUGCCAAGAGAUUGGAUUUAUUAGACAAGGAAAUUCGUGCCAGGCAAACCGUCUACCGUUAUCUCAAGCUUUUCAUUGUUGGUGAUGACAAGCCAAAGUAUUUUAGACUGAACAUGAUCAUCUUUGGCAACGAGGUGUUGCGUCUUUGUGGCUACCAACAAUUUUGCAUGCGCUAUUCUCCAAUCGUAUCACAGGCGUCUAUUUACUCUUUGUCUCUUGAUGCACCAUCUUUAUAUGAACUUUUUGGAAAAACACUUGACAUGGCCAAGAAAGGAAUCACAAGCAUUGCGUUGUCACGUCACAAAAAACGAGAUGUCUUUGAUUGUCUGUUUGAUUUGAACGUCGUGGACUCCAUUUGCAAGAAGAAUGGCCUCGAAUUUGUGUAUCGCAUGGAUAUUACCCCUGCUAACGACACCUCCUUGAUUGGGAUUACAAAGAAACCACGACAACAAUCAUUAUAUCAACAACGGCUCAAGUUUUCCGAGGAUAUUAUAUCGAACGAAUUCCAGACGGUCCAUACUCUCGAUACGAUCACCAAUAAUAUCAACAAGUUGGAAAAGGACCAAGUGAAUGCUGCGAAACUGAAGCGAUCUUUUACCAAGCAGCUAGAUGAUCAUCGCAAGGUGAUGCGGGAGGAAAAAGCGCAGGCGAAAGAAACCGAGAAUAUCGACAAUGUUUUUACUAGCAAGCUUUUCGAAGAUGUAGGCAAAGAAAAGGAAUUGAAACGACAGAAACAGGCGGCCACUCAAGCAGUGCAUAGAAUUCAAGAUGAAUUGGCAGUGAAUCGGAAAAUACGCUAUCAGUUGGAAAAGAAUCGUAGAAAGCAACGGCCAAAGACGAAAAAAACAUCUCCUCCUCCACCUUCAAAAAUUACGCCAACAUCAAGAAUGGAAGAAAGCCCGAAACAUGUGACAUUGGAUUUCGAUAUCAAAAACUGCAUCAUUACAGGGACAGACUAUGGUGUAGCUACUUUAGCAACUACUGUAGGACAUACGGUGGAGCAAUUGGAUUCCAUACAAAACGGCAAAUUUGUCAAGCUACAAAGACCAACCACCAUGACGGCAAAGGACAUUGAAUGGAAAACUGGACGAUAUCACUUCCGGAAAAAGCUUGAACGGAAAAAAAAGAGCACAGACGCUGGUAAAGAAGCUACAAUUGCGGAGAAAAUAGUGGGUGAAAAUACGAUGUACAAGGCAAAAGAUGCUGUCGAUUUGAUUCAAAGAUAUGACAAAAUACGUGAUCAAGGCUCAAUUCUGCGAAAAUUUUACGGUUCAAAGUGGAUCAGACGCCAACAACGAUUAAUGCAGUGGAGAAAGAAGUACACGUUAAAGGAGAUGAUCAAACGAGAACGACAAACGUUAGCAGGCAAGAAUAUUUUAAUUCGAGCUAUUGGAGACGCCGGGACUGGGGUAGGAUCGCGCAUCAAAGGUCAUCUCAAGUAUGGUGGCAAAUGGCAUAGACGUCUUUGUAGUCAGCACGGUGUUGUCCUUGUUACGAAUGAACAUCGUACUUCAAUGAUCUGUCCUUUCUGUUAUGGUAGAAUAGUUCACCCGAGAAAGAAGAAAAAUGGCAAGAUUUUAACAAAUAAUGGCACAUCAAAUUGUAUGAACCCAAAUUGUGAAUCUUAUAAACAAUGUAAAAACUCUUUUGGACGAGACACUCUAUCAUCAACAUGCAUUGCUCUCCGGUGCUACGGUCAAAUCAUUGGACAAGAUUUUUUGUGAUUGGUUUUUCUUUUUACAAUAUACUGAACAAAGUCCACGCCAUGUGGUGUGAGGCGGCGGCUCCGUUAUUACGACGUCUGACAACAGCUUCGGCUGAAAACAGUGUAUAAUCUUUUGUUUCAAGUUUCCUUUAGUUUUU